AUGGCCUCCGACUCAAUAAACGCCGCACUAGAGCAGGCAGCCCAGAGCAGCGAUGCGCCCGCCGCUCUGGAGAAGCUCCUUGUCGACUUCAAAUCGCUCUCGUCACCAGCCACCGCCACUGCAGACCUCAAGCGGGUCAUCGAUGCCGUCCUUGCCGCCCAGCUGGGAGUCGUGAGCACCCUUCCCAUCUUGUCGGCGUUUGUCAAUGCGCUCCGACAGCUCGAGGAUGAUGACCUGUGGAUUGAGGUCGGCAACUACGCCCUCCAGCGCAUUGGAGAAAACACACAGACGGCGUCCAGCUUCCUGGAACAAUCCAAUGCCCUCCGGGAGCUCAUCGCCACCGCCCACGAGCACAAUGAGGACUGGACCGACGCCGCCAAGACCCUGGCUGAGAUCCCGCUAGAUAGCAGUCAGCGCCGCGCCACAGAAGAGGAGAUGGUCCGCGUGUGGAUUCGCAUUGUGCGCAACUACCUCGAGGCCGACGACAGCACCACCGCCGGCUCCUACCUGAACAAGGUCAAGAACGUUAUAUUCAAGGUCCAGGACCGCGAUCUCAACCUACACUUCCGCCUGUCUCAGGCCCGCAUCAACGACUCACAGCGUGAGUUUCUGGCCGCCAGCCACGCGUACCAUGAGAUCAGCCUCAGCCCUCAGAUCGCCGAGGAGGAGCGCCUGCACACCCUGAGCAUGGCUAUCAAGUGCGCCGUCCUGGCGCCGGCAGGCCCGCUUCGCAGCCGUGCCCUCGGCCGUCUGUACAGGGAUGAGCGCUCCGCUGGGCAGGAGGAGUACGGCAUGCUGGAAAAGAUGUUCCUCGACCGGCUGCUCUCCCCCGGCGAGGUUGACAAAUUUGCGCAGGGCCUUUCGCCCCACCAGCUCGCGACGACGGCUGACGGCUCCACGGUGCUUGCCAAGGCCGUCGUCGAGCACAACCUACUCGGCGCAAGCAGGCUCUAUGACAAUAUCGGCUUUGACGAACUCGGUGAGCUCCUGGGACUUGAUGGUGCCAAGGCCGAGGAGACUACCGCGCGCAUGAUCGAGCAAGGACGCUUGGUCGGCCGCAUCGACCAAGUCGACAGGGUUAUAUGGUUUGAAAGUGGCGAAGCGUCCGGUGUUAAGGGUAGUGGACGUGCCAAGGUUGUGGUGGGCAAGGAGAUACGGCGUUGGGACGCCAAUGUCCAGGACCUUGCUGAGGAAGUCGAGCACGUCACAAGUCUCCUGCAGAAGGAGUACCCUGAUUUUGUUGCGGCCAACCUGGUAGUAUGA